CCGCAACUCCGGUCCUUGUCGAGCUCGACGCGAGCCAGGAGUCCGGACGUCCGUCUGCGCGCGGCACAGCAGCUCGAGCAGUCCCCGCUGCCCCAGCUCGGAGCCAACUCCAUCUCGGACCUAGGACUCCAGACGCGGAUUCUCAGCCACUACUCACCUCGGGGCUCUGCCUGCCUCCCCACUCGCCCUCCCGCUGCCCUUCUUCUCCGCUCAGGACGGGGGUGCCAAGAUGCCCCGCUGCUGCGCAGGGCCCCGGGCCGCCCCCGACGUGUGACCCCAGCCUAGUCCCCCUGCUCGGCCGUCCGCCCUCCCCUUGGAGACCCCCGGCCCGGCCCCCGGGGGAGGAGGAAGAAGACGACGAGGCCGAGGAGGGGAUGUCCAGCUCCAAAAGCGUGAGCCCCCCGGGCUACGCGGCGCAGACAGCGGCGGCGCCGGCGUCCCGGGGAGGCCCGGAACACCGCUCCGCGUGGGGGGAGGCCGAUUCCCGCGCCAAUGGCUACCCCCACGCCCCCGGGGGUUCGGCCCGCAGCUCCACCAAGAAACCCGGGGGGGCGGUGACCCCGCAACAGCAGCAGCGCCUGGCCAGCCGCUGGCGCAGCGACGACGAUGACGAUCCUCCGCUGAGUGGCGACGACCCCCUGGUCGGGGGCUUCGGCUUCAGCUUCCGCUCCAAGUCAGCCUGGCAGGAGCGCGGCGGCGACGACUGCGGUCGCGGCAGCCGCCGGCAGCGGCGGGGCGCGGCCGGCGGGGGCAGCACCCGGGCGCCCCCUGCGGGCGGCGGCGGCGGCUCGGCGGCCGCGGCGGCCGCAGCGGGCGGGAGGGAGGUGCGCCCCCGCUCGGUGGAGCUGGGCCUGGAGGAGCGGCGGGGCAAGGGCCGCGCGGCCGACGAGCUGGAGGCCGGCGCCGUCGAGGGCGAUGAGGGCUCCGGGGAUGGCGGCAGCUCGGCGGGCUCGGACGCGGGUCCCGGCCCGGUGCUGUCGCUGGGCGCCUGCUGCCUGGCGCUGCUGCAGAUAUUCCGCUCCAAGAAGUUCCCGUCGGACAAGCUGGAGCGGCUGUACCAGCGCUACUUUUUCCGUCUGAACCAGAGCAGCCUCACCAUGCUCAUGGCCGUGCUGGUGCUCGUGUGCCUCGUCAUGUUGGCCUUCCACGCGGCGCGGCCCCCGCUCCAGCUGCCCUACCUGGCCGUGCUGGCGGCCGCCGUGGGCGUGAUCCUGGUCAUGGCGGUGCUCUGCAACCGCGCCGCCUUCCACCAGGACCACAUGGGCCUGGCCUGCUACGCGCUCAUCGCCGUGGUGCUGGCCGUCCAGGUGGUGGGCCUGCUGAUGCCCCAGCCGCGCAGCGCCUCCGAGGGCAUCUGGUGGACCGUGUUCUUCAUCUACACCAUCUACACGCUGCUGCCUGUGCGCAUGCGGGCCGCGGUACUAAGCGGGGUGCUCCUGUCUGCCCUGCAUCUGGCCAUUGCCCUGCGCACCAACGCCCAGGACCAGUUCCUGCUCAAGCAGCUUGUCUCCAAUGUCCUCAUUUUCUCCUGCACCAACAUCGUGGGUGUCUGCACCCACUACCCGGCCGAGGUCUCCCAGAGACAGGCCUUCCAGGAGACCCGGGAGUGCAUCCAGGCGCGGCUCCACUCACAGCGGGAGAACCAGCAGCAGGAGCGGCUUCUGCUGUCUGUCCUUCCCCGUCAUGUUGCCAUGGAGAUGAAAGCAGACAUCAAUGCCAAACAGGAGGAUAUGAUGUUCCACAAGAUUUACAUCCAGAAACAUGACAACGUGAGCAUCCUGUUUGCUGACAUCGAGGGCUUCACCAGCCUGGCGUCCCAGUGCACUGCCCAGGAGCUGGUCAUGACCCUCAACGAGCUCUUCGCCCGCUUCGACAAGCUGGCCGCGGAGAACCACUGUUUACGUAUUAAGAUCCUGGGGGAUUGUUAUUACUGUGUUUCGGGGCUGCCUGAAGCGAGGGCUGACCAUGCCCACUGCUGCGUGGAGAUGGGCAUGGACAUGAUUGAGGCCAUCUCGUUGGUCCGGGAGGUGACAGGGGUGAACGUGAACAUGCGCGUGGGAAUCCACAGCGGGCGAGUACACUGCGGUGUCCUUGGUCUCAGGAAGUGGCAGUUCGACGUCUGGUCUAACGACGUCACGCUAGCCAACCACAUGGAGGCUGGAGGCAAGGCGGGACGCAUCCACAUCACCAAGGCCACACUCAACUACCUGAACGGUGACUACGAGGUGGAGCCAGGCUGUGGGGGCGAGCGCAACGCCUACCUCAAGGAGCACAGCAUCGAGACCUUCCUCAUCCUGCGCUGCACCCAGAAGCGGAAAGAAGAGAAGGCCAUGAUCGCCAAGAUGAAUCGCCAGAGAACCAAUUCCAUCGGGCACAACCCGCCACACUGGGGGGCCGAACGCCCCUUCUACAACCACCUGGGUGGCAACCAGGUGUCCAAGGAGAUGAAGCGGAUGGGCUUUGAAGACCCCAAGGACAAGAACGCCCAGGAAAGUGCAAACCCUGAGGAUGAAGUGGACGAAUUUCUGGGCCGUGCCAUUGACGCCAGGAGCAUCGACAGGCUGCGAUCUGAGCAUGUCCGCAAGUUCCUCUUGACUUUCAGGGAACCUGACUUAGAGAAGAAGUACUCCAAGCAGGUGGAUGACCGAUUCGGUGCCUACGUGGCGUGUGCCUCGCUGGUCUUCCUCUUCAUCUGCUUUGUCCAGGUCACCAUCGUGCCCCACUCCGUGUUCAUGUUGAGUUUCUACCUGACGUGUUUCCUGCUGCUGACCUUGGCGGUGUUUGUGUCCGUGAUCUACUCCUGCGUGAAGCUCUUCCCGGUGCCCCUGCAGACCCUGUCCAGGAAAAUCGUGCGGUCCAAGAUGAACAGCACCCUGCUCGGGGUGUUCAGCAUCAUCCUGGUGUUCCUGUCGGCUUUUGUCAACAUGUUCAUGUGCAACUCCAGGGACCUGUUCAGCUGCCUGGCGGAGGAGCACAACAUCAGUGCCAGCCAGGUCAACGCGUGCCACGUGGUGGAGUCCGCCGUCAACUACAGCCUGGGCGAUGAACAGGGCUUCUGCGGCAGCCCCUGGCCCAACUGCAACUUCCCCGAGUACUUCACCUACAGCGUGCUGCUCAGCCUGCUGGCCUGCUCCGUGUUCCUGCAGAUCAGCUGCAUCGGGAAGCUGGUGCUCAUGCUGGCCAUCGAGCUCAUCUACGUGCUCAUCGUCGAGGUGCCCGGUGUCACACUCUUUGACAAUGCCGACCUGCUGGUCACCGCCAACGCCAUCGAGUUCAACAACAACGGGACCUCCCAGUGCCCUGAGCAUGCCACCAAGGUGGCGCUGAAGGUGGUGACGCCCAUCAUCAUCUCAGUCUUCGUGCUGGCCCUGUACCUGCACGCCCAGCAGGUGGAGUCCACCGCCCGCCUUGACUUCCUCUGGAAACUGCAGGCCACAGAGGAGAAGGAGGAGAUGGAAGAGCUGCAGGCCUACAACCGCCGGCUGCUGCACAACAUCCUGCCCAAGGACGUGGCCGCCCACUUCCUGGCCCGCGAGCGGCGCAACGAUGAGCUGUACUAUCAGUCGUGCGAGUGCGUGGCCGUCAUGUUCGCCUCCAUCGCCAACUUCUCCGAGUUCUACGUGGAGCUGGAGGCCAACAACGAGGGCGUCGAGUGCCUGCGGCUGCUCAACGAGAUCAUCGCCGACUUUGAUGAGAUCAUCAGCGAGGAUCGGUUCAAGCAGCUGGAAAAGAUCAAGACCAUCGGCAGCACCUACAUGGCCGCCUCGGGCCUCAACGACUCCACCUACGACAAAGUGGGCAAGACCCACAUCAAGGCUCUGGCCGACUUCGCCAUGAAGCUGAUGGACCAGAUGAAGUACAUCAACGAGCACUCCUUCAACAACUUCCAGAUGAAGAUCGGGCUCAAUAUCGGCCCCGUGGUGGCUGGGGUGAUCGGGGCCCGCAAGCCUCAGUAUGACAUCUGGGGCAAUACGGUGAAUGUGGCCAGCCGCAUGGACAGCACCGGUGUGCCCGACCGCAUCCAGGUCACCACAGACAUGUACCAGGUGCUGGCCGCCAACACUUACCAGCUGGAGUGCCGGGGUGUGGUCAAGGUCAAGGGCAAAGGCGAGAUGAUGACCUACUUCCUCAAUGGAGGGCCCCCGCUCAGUUAGCGGCUGCAGCCCGUGCCACCAGGCAGCCUGGCCUCCAGACAGACGGAAAUGGCUUCUUUGUGCGCUGGCCGGGCAGGUGGCAGCCUGCGCUCCAGCCCACGUGGCCGCGCCGGGGAGACGUUCCACUUUGACUCCCGAAGCUGCUCCUGCCUUUGCGGGCGGGCAGCGGCCUCCGUCCCAGGCCCUGGGGUGCCAGCGUCCUGCGAGCACCAAGCUGACCAAAGAUGUUUCCCUCUGUAGAAGACUCCGCCAGACGCGAUCUGAAUCUUGAGUUUUCUGCCGGGUGCUGCUGCUGCGCGGGCCGACAGGAGCUGCCGGAGCGCUGGCGGGGCAUGGCAGCCCGGUGCGAUGGCAGCGCCGAGGGGGACACCUCGGCCUCGGGUGGGUGGGAGGUGGGCGCCACUCUGGCCCUGGGGAACCUGGGGGCCGCGAGGGGUCUGCUUUUCCACGUGAGCCUUUAAACUUCAGACAGAGGCCACGGCCCCUGCUCCUUGGAGGGGGCUUUGGGGCAGGAAUGCCAGCUUUGGAGGGACUGUGGCCUUCAUUGCCGUCCUCCUCCACCUACACACGCAGACUGUGCCCCUUUGAGGGGGAGGCAAGAGGAUUCAAAGCAAGGAGUGGAGGUUCUGAGAAAAAGAAAUAUUUAUUAAAUAAAACAAGUUUCUGUGCCCUUCCUUA